GGACUGGAUGCCCAAAUCGCAUUGGUUCUCUGCUGCUUGUAUGAUGGAGGCCCUUGACAUUUGCAUGAGUACAGCUCUCUGCUUCCAGCAGUCUUGACAGGUAGCAGCAACCGAAGGUGUGCUGGAAAGCUCCACCCCGGAAUGUGCCUUUUGGAGAUUCCUCCUCCUCUGCCUCGUCCUCCUCCUCCUCCUCACUCCCAGAGUGCUGGGAGGAGCCUCAGAGCUUUGAUGCCCUUUAAUUGGGAAAAAGGCUGUCUCAAUGCUCCAGAAGGCGAGAGCGGAUCAGGAAAAGGCCUGCAAGGAAGCUGGAACUCCUACCAGGAACUGGAAGUAGAAACCAGAGGCCAUGAACUGGGGAAGCUUUCAAGGGCUCCUGACCGGAGUGAAUAAAUAUUCCACAGCCUUUGGACGUAUUUGGCUCUCAGUGGUCUUCAUCUUCCGGCUUCUAGUCUACAUAGUGGCAGCUGAGAAGGUUUGGGGAGAUGACCAGAAGGAUUUUGACUGCAACACUAAGCAGCCAGGCUGCCCAAAUGUCUGCUAUGACCAUUACUUCCCAAUCUCCCACAUCCGCCUCUGGGCCCUACAGCUCAUUCUGGUUACCUGUCCUUCCCUGCUGGUAAUCAUGCAUGUUGCCUACCUGGAAGCGAAACUAGAGAAACAUAAGAAGAAGGUUGGGGCAGACUAUGCACUGCGCUAUCCUCCUGGCAAGAAGCGUGGAGGCUUGUGGUGGACCUAUUUCUUGAGCCUCAUUUUCAAGUCUGCUGUGGACAUUAUAUUCCUCUACAUCUUCUACCAUGUGUUCCCAAACUACACACUCCCCAAUGUGGUGAAAUGCUCCCUUGAUCCUUGUCCCAACAUUGUAGACUGCUACAUAGCUAAGCCCACAGAGAAGAACAUCUUCACCCUUUUCAUGAUCAGCACAGCCUGCGUUUGCAUCCUCCUCAGCCUCCUUGAAGCCUUCUACCUCGUUGGGAAACGAUGUAAAGAGCACCUCCAAGCCAGAAGUGAAAGCCACAGGAGGCAGGACAGUGAAGUAUUCAUUAUGAAGAAAGACCCUUCCUCCCUGCCCCCCGGUAAACAUAACCCAAAUGAAAUAGGUCUGGAGGCAUUCAAUAGUACUGACUAUAAGCCUUCUCCCUUCAACUUCACAUCCUGCCCACCUCAGACAGCUCUGACCUCUAAAACAGCACCAUCAUAAGCAACCCUUAAAUCCUGGGGAACUGGGUAAUGGAAACCUUAUACAGAACUAAUAUUACCUACUUUUCAUAUCAGCACUUUCUUUUAGGCAGGACAUGGAUGUGAUGUAUGAGAGGGAGAGAGGGAUGGCCUUUGUCCGACACUCACCUAAUUCAGACUGUUCAGUUUUCUGAUAUACAUACUGAUCAAAGAAGUCUAUAUUAAAUGGUCAUAUCCAAAUUCCCUGGUUCUUGCAACUAAUUCGAUCUAAACCACUUACGGUUUGCAUAUUGUGGACGUGUACUACUUACACGUUGCAGAUUGCACUAUUUCUGUCCAGUCCAGUUUUCAAAAACCUACCCUCCACCACAACUGAAGGUGGCUGGCACACUUGGUCUUGACUGCUGAGAUACACACACACACACACACACAGAGAGAGAGAGAGAGAGAGAGAGAGAGAGAGAGAGAGAGAGAGAGAACCAAGUCAGUUCAAAGACAGGGAUGAGUUUCUUCCAGCCAUCAUACCAAAGUAACAAGAUGUACUGAGUGUAAAGCUGUCAGUCAAAACUAUCCCCAAAUGCCUGACAGAAUAAGUGCAUUUGACCAGUUUACUGGAAUGACGAAGUUUCAUAGCCUGGUGAACUCCCUGGAAAGUGAAAUCCCUUCUCAGCUAUGAAGUUUACUGUGUAACCUUGAUUCUUCCUGUCACUCUCUCUCAGUCUAAACUACCUUGCUGCAUUGUUGAGGAGAUAAAAUGUGAGACUUGCUUCCCUGAGCACCUCAGAGGAAAGGUGAGAUAAAACUGAACACAAAUCAUGUCCCCCAAAGCAGGGGGAGGGAGAGAGAGAACGAUAAGGGGAAAGGUGACUACAGGAUGAAUACAGAACUCAAGCCUAUAAAAUGAAAAUGCUGAUAUUUGAAGCACAGGUGCCCAUGUCCAAAGAUUAGUGAGAAUUACCACAGACUCAGAAUAAAAUUGGAUUAGGUUGUUUCCCCCCCCUUGUUUCCCUUUGUUUCAUCGAGCAUUGAUUUGAAAUCAAUAGGUGGUAUUCAAGAAAGUUUUAUGCAAAAUAGACCUACUGAAAUUAAUGGACCUAAGGAACGUCGUGUUUAUUAAUUUCAGUGGUCUACUCUGAGAAAGACUGAGUUCAAUGCCACCUGAUUUGAGUCUUGGGAGAUUCUCAUUCAUAUUUGGAUAUGCCCAUCUGUGUCCAGGAAUGGCUGACAUGAUAGGGUGGUG